GCUCCGCGACUCCCCCUGACCUCAGGUGUCUGACCCUGGCCCUUUUCUGGGCAGCUUCCCUGAUCGUCGGGGAGGGGUCGCUCCUGCCCGCAUCUCUUCGUCCGGGGUCAGGGCCGCAGCAGCAGGUGCAGCUGUCGCCCACCCCACCCCCUAACCCUGGAACAUGGGUCAUCCCCUGGCUAAUAGAAGACCGGGGCCCACGAGGCAGGGCACUUGCCCAGGGUCACCCAGCCGUCAAAGGGCAGAGCUAAACCCUUCAAACGGACCCCCGACGCCCCGCUGUGGAAUCCUGGGUCUGAGCCUUCUGUUUCCUCCUUUGUAAACCUGGGGUUGUAAAAAUGGUAAAAAUCGUAAAGGCAAGAGCCAGCUGCACGGGAGUGGGCUGGGACGGGGGCUCCCCUGGGCCUGGUCAGGCCACUUACUGCCAUUUCGCAGAUGAGGUAACAAGAGGUCACAGAGGCUGAGUGACUCAGGGGUCUGGUCACAUGUCCACUAGUGUCCAGCCCGUGUUGGCCUCUGCAGUUCUUUCUGGAACAUGGUUGGGCACAAGUGGGAACAUGACUCAGGGCUGAGUAGGAGGGGCUGCUCUCUGAGGCCCACAGCCCCCUCCAGCCACGUCCUGGCAGGAGGUCCCUCUUCUCCCUGACCCUACACUUAGGACUCCUCAGGACAGGGAGCCCCAGGCCUGUGGCUUUGCUGGGAAAUGAGCUUGGGGAGUGGAGGGCAGUGCCUAGCAGUGUGGUGACCAUGGAGGCGCAGGGUGGUCCCAGGCCUGCAGGGGCGCUGCCUCUGAUUGCCAUUAAGGCUGGGCCCCAGGCCUUUGGACAGCUCCAGGAGCCCAUAAUGGCCUGCCAGCUGUCACCUAGUGAGUUUCCUGCCCUUCAGAUGCCUUCAGUUCUGCUCCCCACCCUUGCUUCCCAAAGCCAACUUUUCUGACUUGGACAUACCCUUAAACCUUGCCUAAGGUCCCUCUAUACAGCAAGAUGGAGGGACCCGUCCCCAAGAGAGUGGCAGCUGUGGGCUCACAGUUGCCUGUGGCCACCCGCAGUGUGCUCAUGUGGGAGGGGCCCUGCCUCCCAUUUCCCACAGGGCUCGCCUGCCAGCUGCUUGGUUCCCCAUCCUCAGUUUUCUAGGAAAAGAAAGAAGAAAAAGAAAUAGGAACAGAGUCAGGAGCAGCCACAGAAGCAGUACUGAGGUGGGGGGCGCUGAGAGGCAGUUACUUUGGGCACAGGAAAGGCGGUGAGUAGGGCAGGGCCACUUUGGCGGGAAGUGGGGUGCAACUGUAGACCUGGAAGCACCUCGGUUCUCCCAGCAGGGCUCCUCUCACCCUGCGUCCCUUGGGCCUUCCAUGGAAUGGACCCACGAAGACAAGCGGGUGGGAGCAGGGGCCAGCCUGCCGCACUGUGUGGACUGUCACCAAACCACACAGGGAUGACAGUUAAGCCUGUGGAGAGCACUGUGUCGGAGUUUUCCUUGUCAGAGGAAUGCUGCUCAUCUUAGAGAAUUAGGAAAAAGCUAGAAACACAAAGAUACGACAGAAGAGUAAAAAGGAAAGAAAAAACCCCCAGUCUCGCUGCUCAGAGCUACCCUUCUUGCACAUUUUGGUGGCUUUUGCAGUUCUCUCUUGGCACAUUUGUUUGAUAUGGCUAUGUGGUCCGAGUGGAGGUUACAGCCUCCCUUGAAGUCUGCCCAGCUGCACUUGUGCCCGUGACAUGCUGGCCUUGCUGUCCUCCACCCAAGGAACUGGGCCAGCCAGCGGCGAGGAAUGGGCAUCUGACUUGGCUUUUGGAGUGGGUGAGGUUUUUCCUGUGCCAAAAUCCAUGGAGUUUCCUUUUCACUAAUUCAUGCCAGGAUGCCUGGUCCAUCUCCACUGUCCCUUCAUGAUGCCAGGCAGUUGUUCCUCACACCGGGCUCCUGGCUCUCUCCACAUCCCUGCCACCCUCGUACUGCCUAGAGCCAGGCUGCUCUUGGGACACCCUUCUGCUUGCUCACCUUCAAGGGCCCCCUGCUAGCUUUCCCCAGGACCUUAGCAGGCAAGAGCAGGGAGGGCAGGGAAAGCCACCUAAGUGACCUGGAGUGGCGUGCAUGGUCAUGCACUGUGCAGAUGCCCCUGUGGGUGCUGUGUAGAGAAAAGGGUGGCUGAGGUGGGGGAAGAGGAGGCAGACUCAGAGCUGAUUGGCUGUGGGUGGGCAGCAGAGGGCAGAGGGUAGAGGAAGCCCUGAUUGGGCAUGAACAGCCCACUCGGUGUGGGCAUGAUACACUUGAAGAGCUGCAGCAAGUCUAAGGGGACGGCCUGGGAGGCAGCUGGAUGUGUGGAGGUUGUAAACGCCACUCAGUCCACUCAUAGCCACAUCAAACAAACAUACCAAGAAAGAACUGCAGAAAGUCACCAGAAGAGGGCUGGGCUGCACAGAGGGUUGGAUGUGGCCUAGAACAUGGUGUGGUUGCUGAGGGAUACACAGGGUAUGCCCUGGCCAGAGAGGGGCUUGGCCCCAGGUUUGUGCUACAGGGAGGAUGUUAAGACCGCCUGCCUAGGAACUCAGCCAUCCCUGCUACUCCUAGAAAUGGAGCCCACAGCAGCGUGAGCUCAGUGGCUUGGUCUGCCAUAGAGUGAAGUCCCACCAUGUGACCGGCAGGCAUUGACGCUGUUGUAUGCUGCCUUUGGUACAGCAUAAAUUGGGCUGCUAGAUCCCAGCCCUCGUAUCUACCAGUCUAGUGAUCCCAGCCCUCAUAUCUACCAGUCUGGUGCUUCUCCUGAGUGAGGGCAUUUAAGCAAAAUGUGAAGUGAUGAAUGAUGAGGCUUAUGAAGGUGUGGCCUAGGUGAACCCUGAGCCCCAAAUACCAGAUGGGCAAGGGAGGAUGCCCUAGGCCUCCUCCUCGUCUUUGCUUCUGCUACUAGAGCUGACUCACUUCCUUAACUGGCGCACAAAGGGGAAUGAAGGGCCCGAUCUAAAGCUGGUGUGCAGUCGGUGGUGUAAAUGAAUACCCCCACCUCGACUUGUUUCAAGGUAGCAACAUGGAAUUCACAGUUUGCAGAAUUUCUGGAAAUUUAACAAUCUGCUGGUGUGAGCCAGCAUGAUAGCCCAGGAAUGCCACUGUGGAGGAGGCCCCUGGGCUUCCUGCUUCUCUCUGCACCGACCUAACUCUGUCUGUGUUGAACCAUCCUUGACCCUUCCAUUCCAGGUGGGGAGGAGCAAAGGGAGGCACAUCUCUGUCCACAUUAUAUGUAGGCAUAGCUUUUAAAUUACUGAAAGUGAAUGUUCAGGUGACUGACUUCAUGGAUGGCUUAGUGACAUACUUCUGACGAACACUGUCAUCUUGCUGAGAUGAGGUGACUGCAGGUGUGUGAGUAAAGCCAGUUGAAAUAUAUCGUUCAUUGGAGGUCUACAAGGGGAUCUCGUGAAGUUGUGCUCAGCCUCCCAAAGAGGAGUCAGAAUCUCCAGUGCAAUUUUGAAAACAAGUGACAAGAUAGACAUCCUUGUUUUGUUCUUGACCUUAGGGCAAUAUGUCCGACGCCUUGGCCAACGCGGUGUGCCAGCGCUGCCAGGCCCGCUUUGGCCCUGCGGAACGCAUCGUCCACAGCAGUGGGGAGCUGUACCACGAGCACUGCUUCGUGUGUGCCCAAUGCUUCCGGCCAUUCCCCGAGGGGCUUUUCUACGAGUUUGAAGGCCGGAAGUACUGCGAACACGACUUCCAAAUGCUGUUUGCUCCGUGCUGCGGAUCCUGUGGUGAGUUCAUUAUCGGCCGUGUCAUCAAGGCCAUGAACAACAACUGGCACCCAGGCUGCUUCCGCUGUGAGCUGUGCGACGUGGAGCUGGCUGACCUGGGCUUUGUGAAGAACGCGGGCAGACACCUGUGCCGGCCAUGCCACAACCGUGAGAAGGCCAAGGGCCUGGGCAAGUACAUCUGUCAGCGGUGCCACCUGGUCAUUGAUGAGCAGCCCCUCAUGUUCAGGAACGAUGCCUACCACCCUGACCAUUUCAGCUGUAUGCACUGUGGGAAGGAGCUGACUGCCGAGGCCCGUGAGCUGAAGGGUGAACUCUACUGCCUGCCCUGCCACGACAAAAUGGGCGUCCCCAUCUGUGGGGCCUGCCGCCGGCCCAUUGAGGGCCGUGUGGUCAAUGCUCUGGGCAAGCAGUGGCACGUGGAGCACUUUGUCUGCGCUAAGUGUGAGAAGCCGUUCCUGGGGCACCGACACUAUGAGAAGAAGGGCCUGGCCUAUUGCGAGACCCACUACAACCAGCUCUUUGGGGAUGUCUGCUACAACUGCAGCCACGUGAUCGAGGGUGAUGUGGUGUCAGCCCUCAACAAGGCCUGGUGUGUGAGCUGCUUCUCCUGUUCCACCUGCAAUAGCAAGCUCACCCUAAAGAACAAGUUUGUGGAGUUUGACAUGAAGCCCGUGUGUAAGAGGUGCUACGAGAAGUUCCCGCUGGAGCUAAAGAAGAGGCUGAAAAAGCUGUCGGGGCUGACCUCCCGCAAGGCCCAGCCCAAGUCUGUGGACCUCAACUCAGCCUGAGGGCUGCUGGGCGCUUCACCCAGGGCCCACCCCCUCCACGGCUUUCAUGGGACUGCUCACUCUCUUUUCUCCUCUCUGCCUUCUCUGUGUCCCUUCACUCUUUGGCUGGGACCUUCCUUUUUUUCUGUGCAGAGGCAGGAUUUGGGGGAGGGGGCCUGUGACCCGCCCAGGUCCAUGCCUGGCAGCCACGCCCACCUGUGCCCAUGAGGUCACGGCAGCUUCCAGCCAGCCUGUCCUGCCCUAUCCCUCCCACAGAGGUCCUGGUGGCACACUCCUGUGAGAACCUCUGCUCCAAAAUGUCCCUGCUGCAUGCAUGUUGCCACUGGGGUGCAAUAGCCAGGGAAGUCCGCCUGAGUCACUGGGCCAGGCCAUGCAGAUGGAGUCUCAGGGAACACACUUCAGCCUUUGAACACUACUCAACCAAGUAGUAUUCUUGCACCCAAACUGGGUGAGCAAGUCCUGCCACACCCCCCUACCAGCCACCUAGAGGGCCAGGACCCCACCCCACCACCCAGGAGGCCUUCCCAAAAUCCCACUGUGGCUGCCUGCUUCAGUUUCCCCUUCCCCUCCCAAAGGCCUUCAUUGUACUCUUGGGUGGGGCUGGGGCCAGUGGCCAGGGAGGACACUUUCUUUGUGGUCAGUGCAGACCUGGUGUUGGGGUUCACGCUUGCACAAUGAAGGCUGUUUCACACAA